AUGUCCUCCGUUACUCUCCUGUCCGUGGAGGACGUCGCGAAUACGAUUGAGUAUGCAUCCGCGAACAUGAACGAGCACGGUUGGUCGCACGAGGCUUUUAAAAGCACCCAGGUAAGGCUUACGCACCUCGAGCGCGACGGCGUCGUUUUAGGCUCGGGCGAACGCGCAAAGAACGAGCGCCCAAAGCGUGCGUUCAACACCGAGGUGCGUUUCCGCCUCGUUGUGCAGCCGCACAUGACCAACUCUUUCGGCACCAUGCACGGCGGCUGCAUGGCUACGUGUAUUGAUACAUUGUCGUCCUACCUAAUUGCACUUCACUCGAGCAUGGAAGUCGGCCAGCCUUGGCUCACGUUUGGUGUGACGCAGUCGCUCUCCGUACAGUACCUCGCUCCUGGAAAUGUGGGCAAGUGGCUCGAGUUUGUCAGCACGCCCAUGUCGGUCGGCAAGUCGCUUGCAGUGAUCUGCACGGAUGUGUAUGAACUGGAGGGAGAGAACGGCGGGCGUACGCGCCGCAUUGCGACCAGCCAACACGCCAAGGUCGACGUCAGCGGCCGGCUUUCUAAGAUCUAG